CAGACCACACCAGCCAUGUCCGGGAGAGGAAAGGGCGGUAAGGGCUUGGGCAAGGGCGGUGCUAAGCGCCACCGCAAGGUCUUGAGAGACAACAUCCAAGGCAUCACCAAGCCCGCCAUUCGGCGCCUUGCUCGGCGAGGGGGAGUCAAGCGGAUUUCUGGCCUCAUUUACGAGGAAACCCGAGGUGUGUUGAAGGUGUUCCUAGAGAACGUCAUUCGGGACGCAGUGACCUACACGGAGCACGCCAAGCGCAAGACCGUCACCGCCAUGGACGUGGUGUACGCCCUCAAGAGGCAGGGACGCACCCUGUAUGGCUUCGGGGGCUAAGCUGCUAGUUCUGCUACGUGAGACAAUCUCAAAGGCCCUUUUUAGGGCCAA